AUGAUUACUUACUUGAAAAGGCGCUUUUCCUCAGGAGAUCUACAAGGUGAAUUAGCUGACAAACGUAUGCAAGAAGGAUUACCUAGUUUUCUACGAUUUGGAUCGUCUACACAGCCGGGACAAAUGUAUCAGCAAUACCAACAGCCUGGUUCAAAUAUUCAACCUGGAGGACAACAGGGUGUACAAGGCUAUUCAAAUCAACCACAAGACUUUAGUUCUGCGCGUCCUGUAAACUAUGAUAUGAGACAAGUUCCACCGGCAGCAGGUGUGGCUGAUCAUAUGACUGGUGUCUACGGAGGUACAGCAACAGCAACAGCAGGAACAACAGGUGGAUCUAAUUACAUUCAUGGACCUAUAGGUCGUGGACGUGGUGCAUAUCCAAGUGCGCCUACUUCACCAGCACGAUCUGUUGGACUUGGUGCUUCAUUUAUGGGUCCAAUGGGUAGUCUGACUGGACAGAUAUCGAAUACAAUUAUGCGUGGUUUUAAUACUGCUGCUUCAACUGCUCAAAAUAUAUCUGGGAAGAUAUCGUCUAAAGAACAUCAGAAAAUACUUCUAGUGAUAGAUGAUACUCAAACAGACUGGUGUAAAUACUUCAGAGGAAAGAAAUUAAUGGGCGACUGGGAGAUAAAAGUGGAACAAGCUCAAUUCUCUGAGAUCACAAUGACAGCCUACAGUGAUAACGGUUGUGUUGUUAGCAUAUAUCAUGAUCAAAUGCGCUCAAAGCCUUUAAGAUCAUUCAAGCCUGACUUUGUUCUAAUACGCCAACAUCCAAGUGAUUCGAAUGAAGACUGGCAACCUAUACUUACUGGAUUAAUGUAUGGCGGGACACCGAGUAUGAAUACACUGCACGCAGUUUACAAUAUGAAGAAUCGACCAUGGCUUUUUGCUCAUCUACUCAUGCUCAGAAAUCGAUUGGGUAAAGAAAACUUUCCUCUUAUAUCACAAACCUAUCAUACAAGUCAUAAAGAAAUGGUUGUAGCACCAGCAUUUCCAGUCAUUGUGAAAGUUGGACACGGUCAUCGUGGCGAAGGCAAGGUGAAAGCUGAUACACCAUUUAUCUACCAAGAUUUAGUUGGUCUUAUGAUUUCUGGUCAGACAUACGCUACCACAGAACCAUUUGUUGAUGCAAACUGUGAUCUUCAUGUACAAAAAAUUGGUACUAAUUAUAAAGCAUUUAUGCGUAAGGCUAUUUCUGGAAAUUGGAAAUCAAACACUGGAUCAGCUCUCCUGGAAAAAGUUCCAAUGAAUGAUAAAUUUAAACUAUGGAUUGAUGAAGUCUCUCGUUUGUUUGGAGGUUUGGAUAUCUGUUCAAUUGAUGCUUUACAGUCGAAGAGUGGUGAAUAUUAUAUUUAUGAGGCUAAUGGUUCAGAUAUGACACUAUAUGGGGAUGGACAGGAAAUUGAUCGGAUGGAAAUAGCUGAAUUGGUGGUUCAACGUAUGCAAUCACUAGUACAUUCUACUUCGCUUCCGAAACCUCCAAGUUUACAGUCAAUUAGUCGAGUAACUGACACCGAAAGACUAUCAAGUGUAAGUAGUAUGAAUGCUCCACCAGCAACUCCUAAUGUUCCCCAACCCAACAUAGGAGUGACUUCAGCACACUCUACCUAUACCCCACCAUCUCAAUAUUCAUUAUCUCAACCGUAUACACAAACAUAUUCAUCUCAACCAACGAAUAUUCAACAGAAUAUGCCCUCUCAAGCAACUCAGAAAUAUCCACCACCAUCACCAAUUACAAGUGCUGGUAUGUCUUCUAAUACAGGUUCACUUAUUGGUGAGCCUAUUGGAUCAGUGAGUCCAGCAUUAAAUAAGUAUUCGGAUACUAGUUAUACAACUGGUUAUGGUUCAUCUACCAGUUCAUUGUCUUCAAGAGCUGAUACACCUCAACAGACUGCAUUUACUACGCCAACUUCAACUUCAGUUAGUCGAGCAUUCAGUACUACUAUGGAGAGUAUGGAUUCUGGAUACCGUUCAAGUGGGGGUGGUGGUAGUGGUAGUGCUUCAUCUAAUUUACAAAAUACCAAUACUAAUUAUUCUUCUCAACCAUGGAAUCAAGGAACUUCAUCAGGAAUAUUUAGUCCUUCUAAAUUACCAUCUAUGGAUUCAACUACAAAGCCUAAUUUGACAAAUCAAUUCUCUACGGCAUUUGAUACACCAGAACGUACAACUUCAAGUAAAUUUAUGAGUUCACCUCAACAAUCUUUUGGAUCUUCAAUAAGACUUCGUCAGCUGAAUACUCUAUAUACACGGAUCGCCAAUCCUGGACACUCCCAAUUGCGUAUAUCAGUUUGAGUGUGUUUGUAAAAGCAAAUGCAUAGGUCGUACAGAAAGGCAACUGUCUGUCUACUCGUAUGAUAGAGCAUUUACCAAAAUGGUUGAAAACAGCUGAAUGCAAAGUGCCAAAAUCCUCAAUAACAAAACAUCUUAUGGAAUACUGACACGAUAUCGACGCUAUCAAGUCAUUCACUAUUGUCAUCAGACAAAGAAACAGGAAGAUGCUUGCAAUUACGGAGGAGGCUUGGGCAAUUCGAGUUUAUAAACAAGGUCUCAAUGUGCAAAAGGAGAUGGUCGUCAGUCUGAAUCUACCAUGGUAACACGUUUUACUUAUUAUUCCACCUCUUAUUAUUACUAUUAUUAUUAUUAUUCGUGAUUCAUUUAAAACUAUCCUUCAGCAGUAGGAUUAUCUUGAAUCACUUCAUCACUAUUAUUACUGCUAUUACUAUUAUAACUAUUACUAUUGAUAUCACUCUGUUUACAAUUUUUGAUAUAUUAUCUAAUGACUAAUUGUUUAUCUAAGUGAUGUAACUGAAGCGUAAUGCAUUUGAUCUUAAUUUUAGUCUCUCAUACUCCCUCUCCCCUUAUCUAUUUGAACAUGACCUGGAAAACAUUCGAACCUGUCUUUCUGCAUGACUAAUUAAAUGUAGUUUGUUUACUUAUCAGUCUUAUGUCUCCGAAUGUAAUUUCAAAAGUAUGUAUAUCCGUAUAUGUGGAGCAUUCAGUUGACGAGUUCUACCGAAAUUUGAUAAAUUCAUUAAAUCUUGUUUUAUUAACCUUUAAUUCCUGUUUUAAAUUCGUAUCGGAAAAUAAAUGUUUUCGAUAAUAAGUAUGAGGAAUGAGUUCAGCUCGAACUCAUUUUAGUCUCACUUUCUGCAAUAAACACAACUACAAUAAUGAUAAGUAGUGCUUUCAGUUAACAAAAAUACCUUGUAAGUGAGUUGUAGUCAGCUUGUAAAAUAAUAUGCGUGAUUUUUUUAACUCAUGGGAAAUUCUCAUUGUAACAUACAAAAAUUCAAAACAAGGGAUUCAGAGAAGAGACUAUUUUCAACGAAUUUAUUAUCAAGCUGUACAGUCGUAUAUAUAUAUUGAAUUGAAUCAUACUUGUGAAUGCAUAAAAUAAUAAUAAUAGUAGUAGUAUGAAAUGCAAUUAAGACUAAAAUGUUUGUGAUUAUAAUCAAGUGGCAAAACAAUUAAUGCCAUAUGUGUGCGUCGGUGGCACAGUGAUUAGGACUGUCGCCGACCAUCCACAUGGUCCGAGGUUCGAUCCCCUGCCGACGCACACCUGAUAUCUAUG